AUGGCUCACUGGGGUGGACGACACGGCACCACUCAGGUGGUCAUCGUCUUUGUCUUCCUUGUACUCGCCUUCAUCGUUCUGUCUCUACGACUUUUUACUCGAGUGAUCGUCACACGGAACCAUGGUCCAGAGGAUUGGGUCAUCGCAGCAGCAUUUGUAGAGGUUCAAAACGGUCAAGGUCUAUCACAAAGUAUGCUCUCGGCGGAUGACCUUCUAAAUCUACGAAAGGCCUUGUAUAAAGCAAUCCCAGUAUAUCUCGCUGGAUUGACCUUGACGAAGCUCUCGAUCCUGCUACAAUACAUGCGAAUUUUCAAAGAUAAAACAAUCCAAAGAGUCAUCAUCGGAAUGAUGAUCUUCGUCGCAGCAUAUGAGACUUAA